AUUAAUGAGAAUAUUUUGUAUGUUUAAAAAUAUUUCUGGCUUAUUUUAAUGUUAGAUAUUUAAUCUAGGGUGGAACUUUUACAAUAUCCAAUCUUGGAAUGUUUGGUAUAAAAAAUUUUAGUGCAGUUAUCAAUCCACCACAGUCAUGUAUUCUUGCUGUUGGGAAUACUGAAAAUACUUUAAUACCAGAUGAAACAAGUGAAAGAGGUUUCCGAUCAGCCAAGGUCAUGAGUGUCACUCUCAGUUGCGAUCACAGAGUUGUGGAUGGAGCUAUAGGAGCCCAGUGGCUAGCCCACUUCAAAAAAUUGCUAGAAGAGCCUGAAACAAUGCUUUUAUAAAUGACAAUUAUAUUUCAUAUUCACCUGAUACAUCAUGUCUGAAAUACUCAUUAAAAUGUUUAUUAAUAGUGUAACUUAAAAAAAUGCUUUUUGUAAUUACUGUGCUGAUUUGUUCUAUGUAGAAUUGUAUAUUACCCUUAUUUUGUACAGACAAAAUAUUCUGCAUCAUGUUCAUAAAAGAAAUGCAAUUGAAUGUCCAUUACAAUAUUAAAAUUAUAUGAAUCAGUGA